CUGGGGAGGCGGAGGAGGCGCCAAGGUGCAGCCUGCGCGCGGCUCUGCGCCUCGGCGGGGCUGCGUGCGUGUGUCCCUGUCCGCGCUGCUGAAACGGGCUCUUCGAGGGAUCGGCGUCACAUGACUCCGCCUGCCCCUCGCCAGCGCGCAGAUCGCCAGUCCCUCAGUUUGCCCGGCGCCGGAGGAGGGUCGGGCGGCAUCUUCCGGGCACUGGGGCUCUACGGAGCGGAGAAGAGGUUCCAGCGGGGAAUGGUGUAUCUGGAUUCAAGAAGUCGCGGCUCGGCGCCACAUCCUGGAGUGUAGAUAUUUGGGGGGAGGGGAGAGCUAGAGGGAGCGAGCGAGCGAGCGCCAGAGAGAGGCAGCGCGCAGCGCGCACGGACGGGGGGCUGCUGCGCGAAGAAGAUGUAAGCGCGUGGGGUCUCGCUGGCCUCUGAGCACCAUGCAGAAGGGGAUCCGGCUGAAUGAUGGCCACGUCGCGUCCCUGGGACUGCUGGCGCGCAAGGACGGCACGCGCAAAGGCUACCUGAGCAAGCGGAGUUCGGACAACACAAAAUGGCAAACCAAGUGGUUCGCGCUGCUGCAGAACCUGCUCUUCUACUUCGAGAGCGACUCGAGCUCGCGGCCCUCGGGGCUUUACCUGCUGGAGGGCUGCGUCUGCGACCGCGCGCCCUCCCCCAAGCCGGCGCUGUCGGCCAAGGAGCCGCUGGAGAAACAGCAUUACUUCACGGUGAACUUCAGCCAUGAGAACCAGAAAGCUUUGGAGCUGAGGACAGAGGACGCAAAAGAUUGUGACGAAUGGGUGGCAGCCAUUGCACAUGCCAGCUACAGGACCCUGGCCACAGAGCAUGAGGCGUUAAUGCAGAAGUACCUGCACCUGCUGCAGAUCGUGGAGACGGAGAAGACCGUGGCCAAGCAGCUUCGGCAGCAGAUCGAGGAUGGGGAGAUUGAGAUCGAGCGGCUGAAGGCAGAGAUCGCAUCCCUGCUCAAGGACAAUGAGCGCAUCCAGUCCACCCAGACUGUCGCCCCCAGUGAUGAAGACAGCGAUAUCAAGAAAAUUAAGAAGGUGCAGAGCUUCCUGCGGGGCUGGCUGUGCCGGCGGAAAUGGAAGACCAUCAUCCAGGACUACAUCCGGUCACCCCAUGCCGACAGCAUGCGCAAGAGGAACCAGGUGGUGUUCAGCAUGCUGGAGGCUGAGGCUGAGUACGUGCAGCAGCUGCACAUCCUCGUCAACAAUUUUCUGCGCCCGCUGCGGAUGGCCGCCAGCUCCAAGAAGCCUCCCAUCACGCACGACGACGUCAGCAGCAUCUUCCUGAACAGCGAAACCAUCAUGUUUUUACAUCAGAUCUUUUACCAAGGCCUGAAGGCCCGCAUCUCCAGCUGGCCCACGCUGGUCCUGGCUGACCUAUUUGACAUCCUGCUGCCUAUGCUCAACAUCUACCAAGAGUUCGUCCGCAACCACCAGUACAGCCUGCAGAUCCUGGCCCACUGCAAGCAGAACCGUGACUUUGACAAGCUGCUGAAGCACUACGAGGCCAAGCCUGACUGCGAGGAGAGGACGCUGGAGACCUUCCUCACCUACCCCAUGUUCCAGAUCCCCAGGUACAUCCUGACCCUCCAUGAGCUCCUGGCCCACACGCCUCAUGAGCACGUUGAGCGCAACAGCCUGGACUACGCCAAGUCCAAACUGGAGGAGCUGUCCAGAAUAAUGCACGAUGAAGUAAGUGAGACGGAGAACAUCCGGAAAAACCUGGCCAUCGAGCGCAUGAUCAUCGAAGGCUGUGAGAUCCUCCUGGACACCAGCCAGACCUUUGUGAGACAAGGUUCCCUCAUCCAGGUGCCCAUGUCUGAAAAGGGCAAGAUCACCAGGGGGCGCCUGGGGUCUCUCUCCCUAAAGAAAGAGGGCGAACGACAGUGCUUUCUGUUUUCUAAGCAUCUGAUUAUCUGUACCAGAGGCUCUGGAGGGAAGCUUCACCUGACCAAGAAUGGAGUCAUAUCCCUCAUUGACUGCACUUUAUUGGAGGAGCCAGAAAGCACGGAGGAGGAAGCCAAAGGAUCCGGCCAAGACAUAGAUCACUUGGAUUUUAAAAUCGGGGUGGAGCCAAAGGAUUCCCCGCCCUUUACAGUCAUCCUAGUGGCCUCGUCCAGACAGGAGAAGGCAGCGUGGACCAGUGACAUCAGCCAGUGUGUGGAUAACAUCCGAUGCAAUGGGCUCAUGAUGAACGCAUUUGAAGAAAAUUCCAAGGUCACUGUGCCACAGAUGAUCAAAACAUUUCAAAAACCAGAAAAAACAAAACACAGGCUCCAGGACCACUGCGUUUGUUUGAACAAUCCCCAGAGACAAGAGGGAUUUAGCAGGUGUCCUACUAAACGCAGCUCUCCAAGCCCUGGGAGGACCAGGGAGGGGACCAGGGAAGCAGAAAUGAGCAGGUCUGACGCCUCCUUAUAUUGUGAUGAUGUUGACAUUCGCUUCAGCAAAACCAUGAACUCCUGCAAAGUGCUGCAGAUCCGCUACGCCAGUGUGGAGCGGCUGCUGGAGAGGCUGACGGACCUGCGCUUCCUGAGCAUCGACUUCCUCAACACCUUCCUGCACUCCUACCGCGUCUUCACCACCGCCAUCGUGGUCCUGGACAAGCUCAUUACCAUCUACAAGAAGCCUAUCAGUGCAAUCCCUGCCAGGUGGCUGAGGUCGCUGGAGCUCCUGUUUGCCAGUGGCCAGAACAAUAAGCUUCUGUAUGGUGAACCCCCCAAGUCCCCGCGCGCCACCCGCAAGUUCUCCUCGCCGCCACCCCUGUCCAUCACCAAGACAUCGUCGCCGAGCCGCCGGCGGAAGCUCUCCCUGAACAUCCCCAUCAUCACCGGCGGCAAGGCCCUGGACCUGGCCGCCCUCAGCUGCAACUCCAAUGGCUACACCAGCAUGUACUCGGCCAUGUCGCCCUUCAGCAAAGCCACGCUGGACACCAGCAAGCUCUAUGUGUCCAGCAGCUUCACCAACAAGAUUCCAGAUGAGGGCGAUACGACCCCUGAGAAGCCCGAAGACCCUUCAUCGCUCAGCAAGCAGAGCUCAGAAGUCUCCGUGAGAGAGGAGUCAGAUACUGAUCAAAACCAGAGUGAUGAUGGUGAUACUGAAACAUCACCAACUAAAUCUCCAACAACACCCAAAUCAGUCAAAAGCAAAAAUUCUUCAGAGUUCCCGCUCUUUUCCUAUAACAAUGGAGUCGUCAUGACCUCCUGUCGCGAGCUGGACAAUAACCGCAGUGCCUUGUCGGCCGCCUCCGCCUUUGCCAUAGCAACUGCGGGGGCCAACGAGGGCACCCCAAACAAGGAGAAGUACCGGAGGAUGUCCUUAGCCAGUGCAGGGUUUCCCCCAGACCAGAGGAAUGGAGACAAGGAGUUUGUGAUCCGCAGAGCAGCCACCAAUCGUGUCUUGAAUGUGCUCCGCCACUGGGUGUCCAAGCACUCUCAGGACUUUGAGACCAACGAUGAGCUCAAAUGCAAGGUGAUCGGCUUCCUGGAAGAAGUCAUGCACGAUCCGGAGCUCCUGACCCAGGAGCGGAAGGCUGCAGCCAACAUCAUCAGGACUCUGACCCAGGAGGACCCAGGUGACAACCAGAUCACACUGGAGGAGAUCACGCAGAUGGCUGAAGGCGUGAAGGCUGAGCCCUUUGAAAACCACUCGGCCCUGGAGAUCGCGGAGCAGCUGACCCUGCUAGACCACCUCGUCUUCAAGAAGAUUCCUUAUGAGGAAUUCUUCGGACAAGGAUGGAUGAAACUGGAAAAGAAUGAAAGGACCCCUUAUAUCAUGAAAACCACUAAGCACUUCAAUGACAUCAGUAACUUGAUUGCUUCAGAAAUCAUCCGCAAUGAGGACAUCAACGCCAGGGUGAGCACCAUCGAGAAGUGGGUGGCCGUGGCUGACAUAUGCCGCUGCCUCCACAACUACAAUGCCGUGCUGGAGAUCACCUCGUCCAUGAACCGCAGUGCAAUCUUCCGGCUCAAAAAGACGUGGCUCAAAGUCUCUAAGCAGACUAAAGCUUUGAUUGAUAAGCUCCAAAAGCUUGUGUCAUCUGAGGGCAGAUUUAAGAAUCUCAGAGAAGCUCUGAAAAAUUGUGACCCACCCUGUGUCCCUUACCUGGGGAUGUACCUCACCGACCUGGCCUUCAUCGAGGAGGGGACGCCCAAUUACACGGAAGACGGCCUGGUCAACUUCUCCAAGAUGAGGAUGAUAUCCCAUAUUAUCCGAGAGAUUCGCCAGUUUCAACAAACUGCCUACAAAAUAGAGCACCAAGCAAAGGUAACGCAAUAUUUACUGGACCAAUCUUUUGUAAUGGAUGAAGAAAGCCUCUACGAGUCUUCUCUCCGAAUAGAACCAAAACUCCCCACCUGAAGCUGUGCCCAGCCCAGACCCAGCUGCUCCCGGGGACACGUGCUAGAUGAUACUGUAUAUAUUCGUUUGGUUUCACUGGAUUUUCUUCUUCAGUAUGUGCUUCUCCAAGAAUACAAAUCGUCCUUGUUCUUAGAUUCCUGUAGAACCAGAAUAUGAAUUUCUGCACCGUUUCAGACUUCGCCCACCCGUCCCUCCCCUCGUCUCCUGCAGUGCCUGUUUCUUUUAAACAGCUGUACUCUUGGUCCCUCUUCCCUAGACUCCUCACUCUUCUCAGAGGGGAAACAGCACCCUUGCAUACAAGAAUCUUAGACUCCAGUCCUGCUUCCGUCCCUCCCCAGCCCAGGCUCCUGGGUUGAGGUGGCCACCCAGGCAUCCUCCCAGCAUGUUCCAUGUAGUUGUUAUAACUGGGUGGGGGGUGGGGGGCGGCGGGAGGGGGAAACCAUACCCUGAAGUCCAGUCAUUGACAAAUCUUCCCGCUGAUGGUGAUGUCAAUUUCCAAAGCAGCUUCUCCAGCCAAAAUCGCAGGUCUCAAAACUCCCCAUGUGUCUCUCAGUAACCUGGACGGAAGGGAGUCCUCUCUGCUCAGAACCACACCCCUCAUACCAAUGCUGCCAUCUCGUUCAGGCCCCACGUCGCUCCUUGCUCUAGGAUUCACACCAGAUAGCAUGAAUAGCAGUCUCAAUACAACUGGAUGUGGCCCUAGACUUCCCGAGGAAACGGAGUCACAAACACCAAGCCACGUCGACUCGUGCCGACCACUGGCCCAGCAUCCACUAAAAGUUGGGAACACAAAAAUGUCACUUUUCCUCUUUAAGCCGCCUAACGGUCACUACAAGCUUACAUUGAGAUGCUCUAAGUCUGUAUACCUUGUGAUAAUUAGUACCACACUGUAGAAUUAGGAAAUCAAUAACCAAGUGUUUUUAUUGCAUAUACUGUAGUCCUGUCUAAAUGCCUUCUAGCAGGAAUAUAGUAAUGUAGUGCUUAUUCUGUGAAUAUUACCAUGUAUUUUUUACACUGUACAGUAUAGAAAACACAGGUUAACUCCGAAGUGGCAGGCAUGCUCCACUACAACAGACAGACAACUUUUGCUGUAAGCAAUACCUAGUGGUAUGAGAAUUCUAUUUCAAGUCCUAAAAUAUUUCAACUUACAGCUUGUUUGGAAAAAAAAUUCCAUUUUUGUAAAAAUAUAUGUUUCCUGAUUACCUCUUGCUAAUAAAUCUAUUCUAUCUCAGGGUGAACACCGAGUUUUGCUGGGUUUCAUUUGUUCGGUCAAGGAAUAUUUGAUGAGCACUUGCUCCUUACCCAGCCCAGGCUGGGACCGGAGAUCCAGAGCGUCAAGGACACCAUCCCUGCUUUUUAGGCACCAACAGUUUGAUGGGGAAGACUGUUUCAGUUGCCUAUUGCACCAAGAACAAGCCACUCCAAAACAUAAUGGCUUAAAACCAUUUUUGUUACCUUUCACAGUUCUAUGGGUUGACUGGGUCCAGCUGUCAGUUCUUAUUUGGAGUCUCUCAUGAAGUUUCAGUCACACAGCAACUGGGACUGGAGUCAUCUGAAGGCUCAACUGGACCAGGUGGUGCUUUAGUUGGUGCACCAAGAUGGUGCUGUCACAUGGCUGGAUGUUGAUGUCUGCUGGGCCGCACUGGGGCUGUUCAUGGGAUCAUCCACACGUGGCCUCUCUAUGUGGCUUGGGCUCCUCACAGUCUGGCAGCUGGGUUCCAAGACUGUUCCAGCAGCCUCAGGCAGAAGCUGCAAGGCUGCCCAGAUGCCAUCCUGCCCAGAUGUGUCCUCACUGUCACCCAGGAAGGGAAGCCCCGGAACACCACCCUCAGUCACAGGCAUGGGGCCCACCGCAAGGCACAACCCACUCCAGAGCUCCCAAGGCCGCCUCCCCUGCGACCUGCAGCCAGCUGGCUCCAUAUCGGCUUUUCCGUUUCCUCCAGGCAUUUUCAUCCUAGCCCUACUUUAUGCUGGGAUCUGAGGGGUAUAGCAAGCGGAGAAAGAAGGGAUCUAGAGGGAGAAGUUUCUAGAUCCUUCUUUUGACUGCCAGCUGGUUUUGAUUGCCAGCUUUACCUGCUUCAUGAGCUCAGCCAAGUCACUUAACCUCUCAGAGCUUCAGUGUUCUCAUCUGAAAAAUGGGGAUGAAAAUGGUAUCUCAUUACAGAGUAGAAUUAAAUGAAUUAUUAUAAUUAA